GAUGACAUCAGGAUUUAGGGAGUUUGGCGCUUGCGCACUGCAGAUCUAACGCUGAUGCAAGACGUUUUCGGCGCAGCAUUGUGAUACUGUUCAAGGGACACAAAUUACCCCGAUUUCAGUCACUUUUCAGCCCGCAACAAUGUCAGGAGACGAGAUGAUUUUUGACCCCAACAUGACUAAGAAGAAGAAGAAGAAGAAGAAGCCCUUCAUGCUGGAUGAGGAAGGAGGAGAGGGUGUCGGAGGAGAAGAGGCUAAAGAGGUUGAGGCGAAGGAAGCAGAACCAGAGAUUGGAGAGGACAAGGAGCUGGAUCUAGAUGAAGAUGAGGGCAGGAAGAAAGAACCGUCCGAUGAUCUGAACGACUUGAACUUCUUCAACCAGAAGAAAAAGAAGAAGAAACCCAAGAAAGUAUUUGAUAAUGAUGUUGAGGAGGGAUUAAAGGAGCUGAAAAUUGAAGGAGAGCAAACCGAGGUCCUGGAGGAGGACAACCUGGACCUGAUGCUUCCAGCCAAAAAGAAAAAGCCCAAAAAAGUGGACUUUGACGAGGGCGAGAUGCUGGAGAUUGAUGACGUUUUGGAGGAUGAUGAGGGGAAGAAGGACGAUGGGAUCUCCUUCAGCUCCUCAACAGGUCCAACCUGGGCCGGUACUGAAAGAGACUACACUUAUGAUGAGCUCCUGAACAGAGUCUUCAACAUAAUGAGGGAGAAAAACCCGGAUAUGGUGGCCGGAGAGAAGAGGAAGUUUGUGAUGAAGCCUCCUCAGGUGGUCCGAGUGGGAACAAAGAAAACUUCCUUCGUCAACUUCACAGACAUCUGCAAACUGUUGCAUCGUCAGCCUAAACAUCUUCUCGCUUUCCUGUUGGCCGAGUUGGGAACAAGUGGUUCCAUAGACGGAAAUAACCAGCUUGUGAUCAAAGGCAGAUUUCAACAGAAACAGAUAGAGAACGUGUUGAGAAGAUAUAUCAAGGAAUAUGUGACGUGUCAUACCUGCCGCUCCCCGGAGACCAUCCUGCAGAAAGACACUCGCCUCUAUUUCCUGCAGUGUGAAACGUGCCACUCCCGCUGCUCCGUUGCCAGCAUCAAGACCGGCUUCCAGGCUGUGACGGGCAAGAGGGCGCAGCUGCGCGCAAAAGCCAACUGAAGACCAUCUAAGCUGGGCCCCCCCACCCGUCUCUCGGCCUCCACUCCCCACCCCCCGGAGGAGCCGAAGCUGGGGUCUGAUGCCCCUCUUAUUCGCUAAAAAGACUCUCUGGAUAGAACUGCGGGAGGGUGUCAAGUUGUGUUGUGGCCCAACAGGGCAGGGAGUGAGAGAGUAUCUAAAGCUCACGGAUUGGGUUCAGGCACCGUAAGCAGAUGUGUGUACCUCAUACACUAUUGGUUGCAUUUGAUUUGUUGCGUGGCUGAUUAACUCUCCACCUCAUAGGUUUUUUUUCUCUUCCCCCAUUUGCUGUGAUUUUUGAUUCCUGUCAGACCUGAUAUCAUAUGGCUUCAUUCUUUCCUCUGCCACUUAACAUGCACAAGAGUAUUUCUUUGCAUAAGGAAUGGAUUUCUCCAUGCAACCGGCCAAUUUAGUUAAGUUGUGCUACAGUGACAGCAGUGUUGUUGCGAUAACUGUAGCCACGAGGCUCACGUGGUUUCUUCAUUUAUCUUAGAUUCAAGAUUGCGUUUUCUGGGCUGUCCUAAAAACCACAACAUCUGCCUGGAAUUUUCCACCAUGGCAUAUCAAGGAUAGAAAUCGAAAUCACCAGGUGGGUAGUACAUGUAGGAAGAUUUGUCACUGCUACUAGUCUGACACAGCCCCGGCAGAGCUUAUUUUCAUCAUCUAUUAGCAGGAGGUGACUAAAGUGACUUCUCAUUAAACACUUUGGGUUGUUUGAGGGACAUGCAUCAAAAUGAGAAUGUGUCUAAGUGGUAUUUAGAAAUGUUGUACUAGAUUAUUGCUUCCUUUUUUGACUUCUGAAAAUAAGAUCAACACAUUUCAUUAUCCAUUUAAGAUCUGAUGUGAUAAGUAAUACAUUCAUUUUGUCAAGAAGAGCAGGUUAAUUGAACUCGUACUCAUCCUGGAACUUAACGCUUUCCUCCAAAAACAGCUUCUGAGCUUCCAACCACCUCUUAAAGGAUUUCAGUAAAUGUACACCACAAGCUAGCAGGCACUUCUGACUGAGGCGCUUCAGUCCAAUUAUACUGGUUAUGAUACUUGAUAUUGGUUCUGUUGAUGUUUGAGAAGGAUGUGGAUAAUUAUGACUAGCUGCAGUCAUUUUAAAACCUGUUUUUUUACAAAAAUAAAAUAUUCUCUCUCUCCA